GGCAGUGGAAAGUGUAUUUGUAGCUCGCUAGCUAAUUUAGGAAGGAUAGCUAACGCUGGUGAUUGUCUUCUUAUAUCUCAAACAUUUUAUCCGUUUUUAUUAAUUAUUAGAAAACCGCGAGCUUGAUAAUAGCAGUUAUGUGUUUAUUACUGGGUGCAACCGGCGUGGGAAAGACGUUGCUGCUCAAACGGCUACAGAAGCUGUGCCAGCGAGAUGGGGCAGAUUUGGGUGAACCACCAGUUACUCUGCCCACGGUUGGCACAAACCUCACGGACCUGACGCUGAGGAAAAGAAGGGUGACCGUCAGAGAGUUAGGAGGCUGCAUGGGCCCCAUCUGGCCGAGCUACUUCAUAGACUGUACAUCUGUUAUUUUUAUGGUGGACUCUGCCAACAUCACACAGAUUUCCUCGUCCUGUAUCCAGCUGCUGUCUGUUCUUGCUGCUGAGCCGCUUCAGACUGCCUCUGUGCUUGUGCUGUUCAACAAAAGGGACCUUCCAUGCACUAUGUCUCUUGGUGAAAUGAAAUCCCUUUUCAGGAUGGAUGAUAUUAUUGCUUCUGCUCCUCAGUCAAUCACAACUUUGGAGCUUAGUGCUCGCUCUGGUGAGGGCCUUCAGGAAGUGCUUAACUGGCUGGAUUCAACACAACCUGACUGACCUGGGGCCUGUCUCACAAAUCAUGUUCAACUCGAACCCUGACAAAGUUUUAGAUUCCCAAAACCUAAGAAAUGCAAUCGUGGUAAACUCAUUUCCGGGGGUUAUCAGCGUUGUCUGUUAGUUCACAUUGACGUACUCAAGCUAUGAUAAAUCCUUGUGCACAUGCGUAUGAAAGCGCCAUGACUAACAGCCAAUCGUGUGAAACAGGAGGAUCAAGCAGCUAGUCUCUCAAAGAAGGAAAAAGAAAUCAUACUAUAUAAAUAUGUAGAAAGUAAAGCAUUUUUAACAGUAAAAAGCAACCAUGUUGCUACUGCUGCAGUUAGUUGGUGCUUAAUGGAGUAAUAGCUGCUUUACGUUCUUGAUAACUAUGUUUUAUAUUUACAAAAAUAAAAAAAAAAGGAACCGAAAAGAACCAAAAGGUCCACCUCUGUCUGAAGGUUGGCCCUGAUUGGGCAGAUGUUCAGUCUAACUGGUCAAAGAGCUGUUUAUAAUCUGAAAUCUCUAACUGAACCUGCUCCUAAGCCGGUUGGCGAUGUAGCCCAGAAAAAAAUCCACCAUCAUGAGACAGAAUAUCCAGGGUUAGAUUGAACUAAACCUAAAGUUGGCUAGUUAAACCAUAAACCCUGAGACAGGCCCCUGAACUCAACAAGUAUGGAAAAACAAAUAAAUGGUAGAUA